AUGGAAGACGACGAUAUUGAUGAUAUUAUCGAUUGGUCAGGCGUAUGGGCGGAACAGGCGCAGACAAGGGAAAGAGCCCAGACUUACCAAUGUGAUAAUGAGGAUGAAGCCUGUGCCAACCUCGGGAUCAAGAAGGAGAACCCCCGACUCGGAGGCAUGAUCCGAGGAACUGCAUUGAUGUUUUGGCAGCCCGUUUGUAUAAACCGUAUCAUGGAGAUAAUGACCCUGGGCCUAGUCCUGGUCGCAAUAAUCGCUGAUGUUGUGGGCGUGGGUAAAACAUGGGAGGCUGUUGGCUUCCUGCUACAUGUGAAUACCCUAUCAGAACCCUCCGAAAGGCUUUCGCAGCUCAUGCAAGAGUAUAGAAUUUGA